CCUCCGUACGACUGCUGGGACUCGACCCGCUCGUGCAAGGUCCUUAGGCCAACGCACCGGGUUUGAAGGCAGAACAGUGAGGUCAUAGGAAGGUUACUCCGACCAAAUCACAAAGUAGAGUUCACCUCUGUUGGGAAAACGGUGGAGUUCAUGGACCAGGUCACAAUCUGUCUGAUGUGUAGUGUCCAUCUCCAGCCAUCAAAGCAUAGAAGAGGCCUUUAGCACUUUCCUGAUCAAUCAUCGGACAUUUCUGGCAGUGAAUUCUACGAUUAUUUUAAGACAGAAGGGUCCAACGUGUUACUUAAGUUGUGUUUGUAGCAUAAAAUGAAGUUUGAGUAGCCCUAACACUGGAUUUACAGCAGGAUUACCUGAUCUAGAUCUAGGAUUUUAUCUGGAUUACAGAGACUUCAAUCAAUUAGAACUACGGCCAGGACAAGACACCCGACAACGAGGAUAAAAGUCACGUUUACCAUUGUUGGACGAUGAAUCUUAUGUAGCCGGGAAAACCACAGGACAUUUCAACGCUACUACUGAACCAUUAUUCACGAUGUCGCUGAGCAAGACCCUCGAGCUGGAGCACUUUGAGGAACGAGACAAGGUUCGCCGGGGACGCUCCACCCGGGCCAAGAGGGAUGAAUCUACAAGCAGCGCUGGUGGUGGGGGGUCUGGCCCCAGCUCCAGGGGCAGCAGCCUGGUUCCCAGCCCUGCCCACAGCGCCAACUGCAGCUAUUACCGGACCCGAACCCUGCAGGCGCUCACCUCGGAGAAAAGGGCCAAAAAGGUCCGGUUCUACCGCAACGGAGACCGGUACUUCAAGGGUCUGGUGUACGCCGUCUCCAGUGAUCGGUUCCGCUCCUACGACGCCCUGCUGAUGGAGCUGACGCGCUCAUUGGCCGAUAACCUUCAUCUGCCACAAGGGGUUCGCGCAAUCUACACGAUAGACGGCAGCAAAAAGAUCACCAGUAUGGACGAGCUGGUGGAAGGUGAGUGCUACAUUUGUGCGUCCAACGAGCCGUACCGGAAGGUCGACUACAACAAGAUCUCCGUCCCCAACUGGAAGCCUGGUGCCGCGGCCGGUGCGGCCAGCUCCACCCGCUCCACCACGGUGUCCACUGGUGUGUCAGCGAGCGCCGCCGCCACCGCCGCCACCGUCCCCAGAGAGCGCCCUGAGGGGCGAGAGGGCAGGGAGAGCAAGGACUUCAUCAAGCCCAAGCUGGUGACGGUGAUCCGCAGCGGCGUGAAGCCCCGCAAGGCCGUGAGGGUCCUGCUGAACAAGAAGACGGCUCACUCCUUCGAGCAGGUGCUGGCCGACAUCACCGAGGCCAUCAAGCUGGACUCUGGAGCCGUGAAGAGGUUGUACACGCUGGACGGAAAACAGCUGACCUGUCUGCAGGAUUUCUUCGGAGAUGACGACGUGUUCAUGGCGUGCGGCCCGGAGAAGUUCCGUUACGCUCAGGACGACUUUGUGCUCACACACACCACCAAGACGCAGACGUUUGUUAAUGAAUGCCGAGUGAAAGCGCCUCGCCCUGCUGCUCCUCAGAAGGCUGCACCUCCCAAGACUCCCAGCAGCUCCUGCCUCUCCUCAUCCAGGACCAGAACCAAGUCUCCUGGUCCAGCCAAUGAGCCCUCAGGGAAGUCAUCCAGGUCCAGCCCCUCCCCCACCAGCCCGCGGCCUCAACGCAGCCUCAAGAUCUCUGCCCGUCGCUCGUCCUCCACUGACGUCAACGGAGAGUCCGAGCAGCCGGAGGACGACAUUGUCGAGGUUAACGGGAAUCGAACGGUUUCUUCCUCCAACAUCAACGACAAGUACAAAGUCGGGAAAGUGAUCGGAGAUGGAAACUUCGCUGUGGUGAAGGAUUGUGUGGAGAGGUCGACGGGAAAGGAAUACGCCCUGAAGAUCAUCGACAAGGCUCGAUGCUGUGGGAAGGAGCACCUGAUAGAGAACGAGGUGGCGGUCCUGCGGAGGGUCAGCCAUCCGAGCAUCAUCCAGCUAAUCGAGGUGGAGGAAACGCCGUCUCAGCUGUUCCUCGUCAUGGAGCUCGUCAAGGGCGGCGACCUGUUCGACGCCAUCACCUCCUCCACUAAGUACAGUGAGCGAGACGCCAGCGCCAUGGUCUUCAACCUGGCCGGAGCCGUCAAGUACCUGCACCGCAUGAACAUCGUCCACCGCGACAUCAAGCCGGAGAACCUGCUGGUGUGUGAGUAUCCAGACGGCACCAAGUCCCUGAAGCUGGGGGACUUUGGCUUGGCGACGGUGGUGGAGGGGCCGCUCUACACCGUCUGUGGGACGCCAACGUACGUGGCCCCGGAGAUCAUCGCAGAGACCGGUUAUGGUCUCAAAGUCGACAUCUGGGCGGCCGGAGUCAUCACCUACAUCCUGUUGUGUGGAUUCCCUCCAUUCAGAAGUGAGAACAACGUGCAGGAGGAGCUGUUCGAUCAGAUCCUCAGAGGGAAGCUGGAGUUCCCAUCUCCGGACUGGGACGCCAUCAGUCUGCCUGCGAAGAUGCUGAUUAGUCAGAUGCUGCAGGUGAACGUAGACACUCGCUUCACUGCAGAGGAAGUUUUGUUACACUGCUGGGUGACGGACGAAGCUCCCAUCGACUCCAACGCUGUGAGCAGCACUGAAGACCAGACCAGUGGGGACGCACUGGAACCAGAGCAGGAAUUACCAAUUCUGGAAUCCAAACAAGUUCCUUCACCUAUGGUCUAAAACUCACCUCUUGAAGGUUCAGCUCCUUGUUUUCCUCAGUGAAAAAAACUCAAAAUGUCCGGAUUAUAAUUUUCUGGAGACUAAAUUACUCUUCCAGAAUUCCAUCAACACUGCUCUGGAUAGUGGAUUAGCUCCCUCCAAUCAGUCUCAUAUGUCCCCUCAUCGUAUUUUAUCUUCUGGAAACCAAACAAGGUCCCACACUGGUGAUCUAGUUCCAAUUGUACUAGAAAUUAGCUCCCUCCAAUCGGGUCUAGAACCCGUCUGUCCAAAGGAAACUCCACCUGCUCUCAGUGGAGCAGAUCUACUUCACCCACUGGAAACCGAACAAGUUCCUGUUCUAUCUUCUGGAGACAAAGUGAUUUCUCCACAUAUUUGGUCGACAAGUGGUCGUGAUCCAUGAAACCAAAACAUUCCUUCAUCCUGGUGUAAACACCCUGUGAUCAGCUGUAGAAGAGCAAUAUCUCUUUCCUUUUUCAUAUACUAGAAAUGAGCUCCUUGAAAUUAGGUCUAGAACUCUGGAGAUUAAGCAGGUUCCCACAUCCUUCUGGUCUAGAAGCAGUCCUAUCUCACCCACCGGACCAGAACCACCCACAGCUAGGCUCUAGAACACGUCCUUGUUAUUCGCUUGAGACCAAACAAGCUCCUUCACCCACAUUUAAGAACUUGUGUUUUUUCCACAUUGAUUUACUGGAAACCAAAAGUGUUCCCCAACCUCCAGUUUGGAAUUGAUUUAAAAAACCAAAAGGAUUUCCAUUUUACUUGCUGGACUGCUCAACUGGAAACAGGUUCUUUAGUAUUACUAUUAUAUCAAAUCAAUCAUUGGAGACUUUCCUCAGCUGUGAUGUAGAACAGCAUUUAAUCUACCGAAGACUUUACCAAGUCACGUCUCUGCUGCUGUACUGGAAAGUAUUUACAUCCUGGUGGAGAAGCUCCAUUAGACCUCGACCAACGUCUCCCACUGCUGCUGGAAGGACAGCCUGGGAAGGUGCUAUUGGACCGUUCCACCCCCCCCCGGUGUCUCAUGGGACUGAACCUCUGGUCUGACUGACAGUGGACUCCGAGGCUCUGAGAUAUACACCAGUGUUUCACUUACAGAACUCUCCCUGUGGUUUAGGGAUCUUGUUCUUAGUCCCUGCCUCUCAGCAACCAGGACGUCUUCCAUUUAUUCUGGGAAACGUCCCCCGUCCCUCCUGCCUUGUCCCUCCUGCUCUCCUUCCGCUGGCCUGAAGGACGUUUCUCAUUUCUUCUACUUGCUGCCCAACUGUCCAGGAAGAAACUCAAGUACUGUGCCUGUUUACGCUGCUGAUGAAUUCCUCUUAACAUCCGAAAUGCUCUUUCCUCCACAGGUCCUCAGAAACUAGCACUGGUUAACUACUGUACUGAAACACAAGGCUCAUCGUUCUCUCAUAUAUGGAAGAUUAUUUGGGCCAAAUAUAAAUAAAUAUAUGGGGGGGGGGGAAAGAUGUUUAAAAAUGUCUCUAAACUGGAAUUUUGGUAGAUUUUAGGAUUUUUGGGAAUCGGAAUCUUUUUAUGAAAAAUAUUUGAGUGGACAGAUUCAUUUGAUGGAAAAUAAAAACUCAAAACAAUGAGCCUUCUCUACACAACUCCCGUCCCACUGUCCCUCGCCCUUGCUGUGUCUGAAAUUAACGGAGCGACUCACAAACCUUGUGAGGUUGCGAUCUUUCGUGCGACUGAGCUAACGGGAGCGUUCCAGUCCGGACCUCCAGUUCACGGAGGAUAAAAUAUGUUGUAAAUGUUGUAAAUAUCACUCGUCUGUUGGUGUCUGUCUGUGUGAGUCAGUCGUGAAGUAGGGAAAUAGUAGCAGCUUGAAAAAAAAAACGUUUUAAAAUAAAUAAUCGUAAGACGCGAUGUGUCAAGACCCCGAGGAAACCUUGUUUUCCCAGACGACGUAUAUUUAAUGAUUUUCCACAUUGAACCUGAGACAUUUUCACACAGUAAAAUGUAUUUUAAUAGUUAGUUAUUGAUUCUGAUAAAACAAAGUUAAAGACAGAAUAAAAGAUUCAAGGUUUCUGACGGGUGUUGACAAACUGUGAUGAAAGAGUUUUUUUACCUGAAAGUUGAGUUUGGUCAGAGCGACGGAUUCUCUCUCUUUACACGGUGACAUCGUGGCUCAUCCACCAAUCACAUCGCUCCAUCCGCACGUCAUCAUUCAUGCCGUCUGUUGAUGUUGCUGGUCAGUGUGGCUGAAGGAAAGAUGUGUGUGUGUGUGUGUGUGUGUGUGUAUGUGUGUAAAUAAGUGUGAGUGUGUAUUUGAUCUGUUAUUGUGUUUGCAUUAAUGAUGGGAGGGGGGGUCAUUUAAAAAAAAAAAAAAGGGUGUCAGUCGUCGUGUGGAUGAAUGACCUGAUGCUGUGACCUCACCGUGACCUUUCCAUGGCCUUUACCUUUACCAAGUUCUGAUUGGUGGCUUGGCCUUUGACCUUCUAUGCCUGCUAUGAACCCAGUAGUCUUAAUUCUUUUUCUCUUUGCUUUAAACCAAACCAAACGGAGCCUUGUGUCGAUUCUGUCGUGUUGCAGCCACACCUGGGUCCUCGAGCACGUAACUACUCUCCGAUGUAAAGCUGCUUGUAUUCUUUUCUCCAGUCGAAGAAGAAGCCGAAGUUUGUUUCACAUUGCGAACAAGAGAGAAAACGUGUUGCCUUGACCAAAUGUGCCAAUUUGCACUGAGGGAAGAAGAAGGUGCCGAGUUUGGGUGAAUCCGACUGAUGGCUCGUUGCUGCCCCCUGUCCACUGCAGGAUGAAUGACACACAACAAAGCUGACUUGUGUUUUUGUUCAUGUUGAGGAAGCAUCUUGUUGGUUUUUAGCAAAUCUACGAAAAACCCAGAAGAGAACCAGGUUCGGUUCAGUCGACUGUGACCGAGGAGAUUUCAGUGAUUUGACCCAGGGUGGCUGUAGCUGUGAGGCCCUUUGUGUGUGUGUUUAAAAUCAAAUGCAAUGUGUGUGUGUGUGUGUGUUUGUGUGUGUGUGAUCAUUUCACCUCAUGCCUCAUUUUAGACAGAAACUUUUUUUAUAGUAGCAGAACUAGAUUAAUGAACCAAACGGGCCUGGUUUUCCUAGAAGGAGUCCGAUGGUUGAUCUUCAGGAUUUAUGCUGAAUUAUUUCCGAACCGGUUUUAAAACACAACCCUCUGAACUUAUCUAAUUUGAAAGACAAUCAUUUCUUUGUAAUGAGCAGAAGGUUCACGUUAAACCUUCAACCUGGUAGAUAGAAAUCUGAAUAAAUAAUCAUUCAACAUACUCUGUAAUUGCCCUAAAGACAUUUCUGUUAAACUAAUCAAAGACUCAAAGUGUUUUUCUUCCUGUGGGACGCUUUUAGGAAAACUAGUCCCGGCUCAAAGUGGAAGGAGACGUGAGAGCAGCAGUGUUUUGAAGACAUGUUGUAGACAUGUUUUGAUGAUGUGUAAUGUCGAUGUGUGUUGAUAUGAAACCUGUAUGUUUGUUGGGAUCGGGGACGUUUGGAGGAAACACAAACCCUGAUCUGUAUCAAGGAAAGAUGAAUUGGAUUGUGAAAAUAAAACUGAUGCGGUGGCAUCACGUGAACCCUCA